CUUGCACGAGAGGGCAAGUUAAAUGUCUGGAUAGAUUCGCUGAAGAUGGUGGAGGACACUGAGUACUUCUUUACUUACCCAUGGGGGAAGGUGUCUUUUAACAAGCUUAUGGAUUCAUGUAAGAAAGACAUGCAUCAUCAGAAGAUGAACUAUGAGAAGAAGAAGGAAGUUAAGGGGAAACAGAAAGAAGCAAAAUACAAUUUGUAUGGUUAUGUCCCUGCAUUGCAGUAUUGGGCAUACGAAGCCAUCCAGCAGUUUGCACGUGAGUAUGGUAUUAACCAUGGAAACCAGUUUCCGAGGAUGCUCAGUUGGUCGAGCAAUAAGGAGCGUCCUAUUUCGAAGGCCGACCUUGCACCGAUGUUCAAGAAGACGAGUUUGAUUGUGUUGUCCAUGUUGAAGCCCCGGCCUUCGGAGAUAGAUUAUUAUAGUGCUUAG